CCAACAAAAGUGACUUCCCAUCCACAACUUCAAACCAACCCUUCAGUCGUUUUUCUCAUUCUGUUAACUUAAUUAAUCUUCUUGUUUUCUCAUCUUCCCCAUUUGUAUAAAUCUUCUCUCCACGCCAAGUUUGCCGCCAUGGACGCCGCUGCUUCCACUCCCGGGGACGACGGGAAGUCGUCCCCACGGGGUCAUUGGCGGCCGGCCGAGGACGAGAAACUCCAACGACUCGUUCAACAGUUUGGUGCCCGAAACUGGAACUCCAUCGCUGAGAAGCUCCAAGGAAGAUCAGGGAAGAGUUGCAGAUUGAGAUGGUUCAAUCAACUAGAUCCAAGAAUAAACCGAAGGCCGUUCAGUGAAGAAGAAGAAGAGAGAUUAAUGGCGGCGCAUCGGAUCCACGGCAACAAAUGGGCCUUAAUCGCCAGGCUUUUGCCCGGAAGAACCGAUAACGCCGUCAAAAAUCACUGGCACGUAAUAAUCGCCAGAAAGCACAGGCAACACUUCAAAAUACACGGCGGCGGACGGUUUCCGUACGGACCAACAACUGCGGGCGUUUUCUUCAGACAGAAAUCGGCGAUCAUUUUGAACGCGGACAUCAAACGAGACGAGGAAUCGGCUGACCCGAAGGAUAUUGUUCCGUUCAUAGAUUUUCUUGGCGUUGGGAUCUCUUCUUCAACACCCAACAAAUAAUUUUUUAUUUUGUUAUAUAUAUAAUAUUAUAUAUAUAUGGUAGAGAUUAGGGUUUUUUUUUUAAUCUUAUUUGAUUGUUUGGAUAGUAAGUUAAUUGAACUUAGAUAACUCUGGUAGGAUGUUGAAUUUAUCCAACUCAAUCUUAACGAUUAAGUAUUUGAGUUGGAUUAGGUUACUUGAAAUGGUGUAGUUUGUAGAAAAUUUAUGACGAGAAAGAGUAAAGAGAUCGGAAAAUCAGAGUUGUAUUC